CGACCAAUGAGAUUAUAGGUUUAUUCCGAGGGCUUGGUUCCGGAGUGGCCUGUUAUUAUUCUGAGUAGCAGGUGAAAUAACGCUCUCCCCCCAGUUGGACAAAAUGAAUAUGUAUGCUGUGCCCAACCCGGGAAUACCAGGCUGUCCACCAGGGUUAGAAUACCUGACUCAGGUGGAUCAGCUCCUCAUCAAACAGAAAGUUGAGCUCGUCGAAGCCCUCGUUGGUUUCGAAAGCAACAACAAGUAUGAAGUCCGUAACGCAAUGGGCCAGAACGUGUUCUACGCUGUCGAGGAGAACGACUGUCUGAGUCGACAGUGUUGCGGCCCCAUGCGCUCCUUCACAAUCCACGUCCUCGACAAUUUCGGACAAGAGGUCAUCACCGUCACCAGGCCACUUAAGUGCAUGUCUUGCUUCUUCCCUUGUUGUCUACAAGAGCUGGAGGUGCAGGCUCCCCCUGGUAACACAGUGGGGUACAUUGUACAACAGUGGCACCCGUUCUCCCCUAAAUUCAUCGUUGCGAACGAACACAGCGAGCCUGUACUGAAGAUCCAUGGGCCCUUCUGUGGAUGGAGCUGCCUUCCAGAUGUUGACUUUGAGAUUUUGACAAUGGAUGAAGUCAGUAAGAUUGGGAAAAUCAGCAAGCAGUGGACAGGACUUCUUCGGGAAGCGUUCACAGAUUCAGACAACUUUGGCAUCCAGUUCCCCAUAGAUCUGGAUGUGAAAAUGAAGGCUGUAAUGAUCGGUGCAUGUUUUCUCAUUGAUUUCAUGUUUUUUGAGACUACCAACUAGGAGCCAAACAGGAUAUCCUUGUAAGCAUACAACAUUCCUGGAAGAACAAGGCCACAAAGCCAUAAUGAUCAGUCCCAAUUGCCCUAACAGAGAACAACCUUCAAACAGAUAGUUUUCUUUAAAAAGUAACAAAAGGUACCUAAAUGUUAUAACUUUGCAUGAACAAUGAAAUAGAAGGUUUGUUUUAGUCUUAGCUGCUCAGGUUGGUUGUUAAAACACAUUGCCAGGCUGUGAGUGCACAGUGCAGUGUUUUUAGACAAUGUUAUUAAGGGGGUUUUCAUUUGUGUUUACAUUAUGGUCGCUGAGCCCAUCUGGGCCCAGAACCUUAGUUGCUACUAAAAAGAAAAAAACAAAAACAAAAAACAACUUGAAUAGAAGGAUAAUAUCCAUAUACAAGUAAAUGAAAAGGGAAUAUCAUUACAGGCAAGUGCUGUUAUACAGUUUGUAAAAGAAAUGAUGGUCAGUAUGCAAAAGGGGGUCAGCCACAUGGUACUUGUAAUGUGGUCAUAUUAAUAGUCAAGAUGUUAAUUUAUAUAGAAAAGUAUGCUUGUAGCUAUAUUCUGUGAGAACUGAAGGACUCAUGUAAUGUAGUAGUUUGUAGUACAGAUAUUCAAUGCUCUUAUACAUUGAGUUAUAUUUUGGUCUGUUAAACAAUUUGUCAAGAUAGAGCAAUGUGUGUGUGUGUGCACCGCUUUGUGUGCGAGUUUGUGCGUCUGUGUGCUAUGAUCCUUGUAAUAAUUAUAAGAAUAAGAAUAUUUUCGAUGCCAUAAUGAUUAUGCAUUGUCAAGCCUGAAGAGGUUGUCUACUUGGGAACAGAUGGGUUAUGGCUGGAUGUAGUGUCCCAGUCUUAUCCACAAGAGGGAGCUAGCUUUUCAUUAAACAAAAAAAAACCAAAAAAAAAAAAACCCACACACUGCCCAAAUGGACAAACUUAAUACCUGCUUAUGCCAUAGGUUUUUAUUCAAAUAUUAGUGUCUGAUGACAUUGUAUAUUUUUGGACAAACUCAGGUUGAAAUGCAUGCUACUGUAGUAUAGUGUUAGAUACUCUGGCUCCGGGAAUUACACACCUGCACCUGAUACUAUGAAUACAAAGAUUAUGAUUUUGGUUUUGUACAUUCAAUCAUCUAAAUAUCAGUAUUUCAUGUACAUUUCCUGGUGUAUGAACUUGAAUUUUGAUCUUUAUCACUGUUGCAUUACACAUGGUGUGACAGCUCUACACGUGUCAAAAAUACAAAAUAAAUCCCUAAUUUCCAUCAAAUGACCAUCGAUACUGCUGCGCACCAUGUUUAACUGUAAAAUUCAAAUAUGAGUAUGGCCAUUCGUCUGAUCUGGGAUGGUAUAAAGUAAAGUGUUGUAGCAAGGACAUUAUCUAUGUGCUCUUCUGCAGCAUCAUGGUAAAAAAUACUUUUCCUUCACAUGUAUGUCAUCUGUGGUUCUGGAAAACUGGAAAAAAAACAUCCAUCUUUAGUCGUUUAUUAACUUAUAUACGUCUUUAAGGUUUAGAGGCGUUUAUUUUUGUAAAAAGUAUUAUUAACUGCUAAGAGAUAAUGUUUCCAGUAGAGUUAAAUGUGAUUGUGUUAACAGUGUUUUAUUCUGCCUUUAAUAUAUUGACUGUUUGUAAAGAUAAAACUGGAUUUAUUUCACCUUUUCUGAACAGCAACUCGAUUUUAAGACUAAAAACAAGUACUUUAGAUGGAUGUUUUUUGCUGUCUAUUCUGUCUUCACGGCUGAGGUUGUCGAGAAACUACUCAUUUAAGUAAAUUCGAAUUUCAUUCUUACCAUUAAGAUUAGCCUGAUCAUUGGCAUGUCUUGUUUGGUUGAAAGCAUUAAUAGUAUAAGAUGCUGGUGCUACAUCCUCUGAAGGCUCUUUGAUUGUGUUUAAAAAGCCAAAAAUUAAAGUCAGAAUGUGAUACAAAGGGAUUUUAGCUAUUCCCAGUAAGUUAUAUUAAAAACAAUUUAAGUACUUAUUCUUCUACUUUUGCACUAAUACUGUGAACUAAUACACCAUUUAGUCGUGCAAUGAAUGCAAACAAACUCUGUGAGCUAAGCUUAAAAUUGUGCAAAUAGUCCAUAGAAACACUUCAAUAAAAAAUA